UGCCUUGACGAGACCAGAGUCGGUGGUUUCCUCCUCCCAUCCAUCAAAUGAUGUUUGACAUUCGGAGGGCUACCGCUAACCGCACCGUUUAUAGUUAGCCCGUAGUUACGGUUCGUCCGUAACCAUGAGAUGCUAGUCUUAAGCAGCUAGCCGGCUUGCUAGCUGACUUCAAUGGGUUUUCGAGUGAAAAGAUGAUCGCCUCACUUUCUCGGGGAAGUUUGCUCGAUGAGGUGCUGCACGGAGGUUUUAACGAGCACCAACUGGCCACCUACAUCUCCUGGGUAAACGCUCAGCUGAAAAGGAAACCUGGACUGAAGCCCAUCGCUGACCUCAGGAGUGAUCUGCAAGAUGGAGUGGUUCUCAUACAACUCAUAGAGAUAGUUGCUGGAGAAGUGCUUGAGGGCAUUUAUGUGGCUCCUCAGAGCAAAGAAGAAAGCAAGAAGAAUGUGGAGCAAGUGCUGCAUUUUAUUUCCUCCAGACAUAUACGCAUGCCUCACAUCUCAGCAAGAGACAUUGUUGAAGGUAACCUGAAAUCUGUGAUGAGGAUUAUUCUGGCACUGGCUGCUCACUUCAAGCCCUCAGCCAAUCAUAGGGUUGGUUCGGGAAGCGGGAGGGGCUCCACAGCAGGCGCCCCCUUCCACAACCCUCUGUCCACUGUGGCACUGGCACAAGGUGCUGCUGCUACUCUAGCAUCAGCCCGAUACAAUGCCUCAUUGCCUGCAAGUGCGUCGCACAUUCACAGUUGCUGGCGGUCAGCUGGAGACAAGAGCGUGUGUGUUCGUGCACUGGUGAAGCAGUAUGAGAGAGGAACCCCGGAUGAACAGGACAAUGCACAGACCAACAGUCUCAGCUCUAGUCCUUUACCAUCUCCCAGAGCUCCAACCAGCACCCAAGGAGACAGCCAGGAAGAAGACCUCACACAAUUAGAAAACAGAGUUGAGUCGUCUGUUGCUGUAGUGGAGACAACAUGGGAGGAUUCCAUCAGUGAAACUUUGGAGAAGGAGGUAGAGGAGACGCGUAAAAUGGUGUCGGCUUUGCAGGCGUUGCUGCUGCAAGGCUCUCUGCCGGAGGACGAGCAAGAUCUGUCUUUAAGUUUGGAUGAAGGUCAUCCAGACCAGCAGCUGGUAGUCAUCCGCAGCCGUUUGGAUCAGAGUAUGGAAGAGUCUCGGGAGCUUAGGAGGGAACUUUUGAGCUGUAAGCAAGAGAUGAGAAACCUGCAAGGAAUCAAGGAGGCCCAGCAGCAGCGUCUGUGCACUCAGGAGACAUCCAUCCUUCAGAUGAAGCAAGAGCUUCUCCGAGCCAGCAUGGCGAAAGAUGAACUUAACAAUCAGAAAACCGAGCUACAGUGGAAGCUGGAGGAAUGUACCCGUCUGCGGAGUGACUGCAAGAAGGACAUUUUGCAGAAGGACAGACUUUUGCAGCAACUCAAACAAAAGCUUGAAGAAAGCCAAAAGCAGCAGAGUGAGUUGCAGAAAGAGCUGGACCAUAAAAAUAGCAUCGGGCAGGAAAUGAUGAAUAGAGAUCUGCAACAGAUUUCCCCAUGCACUGAAUACAAUGGCUAUUAUUCCUCUGGAAAUCCUACUUCCUCCAUAUCAAGUGCAGAGGAGGUUCAGCUGCUCAGAGAUGCCCUCAGAAGUUUGAGAAACGACUUCAGAGCCCACGACCCACAGCACCACACACUGGACACCCUGGAGCAGGGCAUUGUGUCACUCAUCGACAGACUGCAUGCUGUACAUACACACAGGGUUAGAGGGAAGUCUCCCAGACGCAAAGGACAGAACAGCGACUCUGACUCUUGGUCAAAGGGUUGUCAGUCUAACAGCACCGCCACGUCCUCCACCAAGAUACUGUACUUCAAAGGAAGAUCCUCCACACCUUCUAUGAUCAACAUACCCAAAAGGCUGGGAGAGGUGACUCUCAAGGAUGUGAAGGCUGCUGUGGAUCAAGAGGGGAAUUACAGGUACCAUUUUAAGGCCUUGGACCCCGAAUUUGGUACCGUGAAAGAAGAGGUUUUUCUGGAUGGAGCUAUCGUUCCUGGCUGGGAAGGUAAAAUUGUGGCCUGGGUGGAGGAAGACCAUGGUGAAGGCAGACAAACAGCCAUGUUAGUGGAAUCUGGAAACAAAAGGAUUUGAGAUUCCACUUAUUAGAAAUGUGAAAGACUUCGGCACUCAAGAGAUUUGGGUUUCUAUGCUGGACUCGAAACAGCUGUGCUGUAAAUGUUGAUCAUAUCUUAGAACUCAGUGCCUUGCCACCAUGUGCUUGAUAUUAGCAAGCCUUAACUACAGUGUCUCAAAAAUACCCAAAAACCUAACAUAUUAUAAUGUCCACUUCAUGUUACUGCUAAAUAGAAGUGUUUGGAAUCACCUUUCAUUCAUUGUUCAGAACUGUAGGCUUAGUAACUGUGGCCAGUUUAAAUGCAUUCAGUCCUUUGGCGUGUAACAUGGAUGUUAAGUCUUCAGUAUUAUCAACCACAGCAGUUACUAGGAAUUUGUGUUGGAAGUGACGCCAUUUAAAUGUCAUCUUAAUAAGUGGCUCACUGCCUCGCAUGUAAACAUUCUGCACAUGCUUCUGUGAAAAUAUUUUGAAUAAAUGCUGUAACUCAUGAGCAUUAGAAAUGCAGAUGAAUGCCACUGUUUACUAUAGUAAAAAAGCUGGUGUUUUUUGUAUUAUUAUUAUUUUUUGUAACCAUAUUUUUGGUAUGAUGACAAGUAUCUUUUGUCAAGUACGGGGCUGGGAAUGCUUGUGCUCUUUUUUAUUAAUGAAGCUGUGCUAUGAAUUGGAAAGCAUGUAGUACCUAACUAAGGUAAUGAACUAUACCUUUAUUUAUUGUGUGAGUGUGUAUGUGUGUGCUGAGCUUCAGUGUUAGGACACUCAUUUGUCCCCUUUGUGACUUUUUUUUUUUUUUUUUUUUUUUUUUGCCUUUUCUAACAAGCCAAUAGAAAUAUGCAUCAGUCUAAUGUAACCUUUCUGAAUGCCAUCAGUCUGCAAAAUGUACAGUUUGAAUAUUUUUUUACUCUACAUUUAGAGACUUACAGUUUAGAAAGUGAUGUGUAUUUGUCAGUGUUGAAAGAUAUGUAUUGCAAAAUAAAA